UUGUCGUUCGUUCUCCUCGGGAAAGGACUCCGGAAGUGCGCCCCUGAGUCACCGGAAGUGCCUGGCGUGGGAUCGCGGCUUGCUGUGGGAGGGCCUGGGCGGGUCGGCUGGGGAAUGGCUGGGGAGUUCCGCAAGCCCGUCGGGCGACUCGUACGUAGCUGAGGGGCCUGUGCAAGCCAGCCGCCUGGAACUCGGGGGUCGGGGUCUCUGCGGUUUUUCAGAAGACAUCUUAGAGUGCAUUUUCAUUAAUAACAGGAAACAUGACUACUCUUCAGAGUUUAGAAACCAAAGUUGUCCUUACUUCAGCCCCAGUCCGAGGAGCUGGAGAUGGAAUGGAAACUGAGGAGCCACCUAAAUCUGUUGAAGCCGCCUCGAAAUCUGUUGAAAUCCAGCCCAUAAAGCAUCAUAGCAUUCAGAGUCCACGGAAGAAAGGUCCCUCAGAGAGCCCAGGAGUUCUUCAGCUUGGAAAGAUUCUCACUGAAAAAGCAGUGGAAGUUGAAGCUGUAAGAAUAUUUGUUCCCAAAGCUGCUAUAACCCAUGACAUUCCCAGCAAAAAUGCAAAGGUUAAGUCUCUGGGUUAUCAUAAAGGUGAGCUCCUUGGUCAAUCAGAGGGAGUCACAGAACCUAGGAAGGAACUCUCAGAAGUAAAGAAUAAUUUGGAAAAGCUCAAGAAUUCAGAAAGGAGGUUACUUCAGGACAAAGAAGGCCUUUCAAACCAGCUCCGAGUACAGACAGAGGUAAAUCGUGAGUUAAAAAAGCUCUUGGUGGCUUCUGUUGGAGAUGAUCUUCAGUAUCAUUUUGAACGUCUAGCCCGGGAGAAAAAUCAGCUUAUUUUGGAAAAUGAAGCCCUAGGUCGAAACACAGCACAACUUUCUGAACAGUUAGAACGUAUGUCAAUACAGUGUGAUGUAUGGCGAAGUAAAUUCCUUGCAAGCAGGGUAAUGGCAGAUGAAUUAACCAACUCCAGAGCCAUUUUACAGCGUCAGAACAGAGAUGCACACAGUGCUGUACAGGAUCUCUUGAGUGAACGUGAACAGUUCCGGCAAGAAAUGAUUGCUACACAGAAACUUCUGGAAGAACUUUUGAUCUCCUUACAGUGGGGAAGGGAGCAGACGUACUUCCCUAGCACACAGCCUCACAACACAGCAGAACUAGCACUAACUAAUCACAAAUUGGCAAAAGCAGUAAAUUCUCAUCUUCUGGGAAAUGUUGGCAUUAACAGUCAAAAAAAGAUUCCAGCAACAGUUGAAUUCUGCAGUACCCCAGCUGAGAAAAUGGCUGAAAAGGUUCUACGUAUUUUGGAUCCAGUUGCCUGUACAGAAAGUUCACCUGAUAUGCCAUUUUCUGAAUCAUCCCCAACCACACUACUUGCUACAAAGAAAAAUAUUGGACGUUUUCAUCCAUAUACUAGAUAUGAAAAUGUAACUUUCAAUUGCUGCAAUCAUUGCCAGGGAGAACUUAUUGCUCUUUAACAUUCAGUAUGUUGAAAGCAUGUAUAUUACACAAAAGUCUUUAUUACUUGGGUGCUGGGGUCUUUAAAUGCUAGAAGUAAAAGUAUUUCAUGUGCUAGAUUCCAGGUUACUUUUUCUUAACAAAUAUCUCAGGGUAAGAAAAUAGUGAAACUCUGUAGAUAUAUUUAAAAUAAUGGAUAAUUUCCAGGUGGUACACAAUGUUUAUGUUAAAAGAUUCUAAAAGAUUUUAUAACUUUUAGGCACUAAAGUAUUGCUUUUUCUUGUUAAAUAUUUUAUUUAACAAAUAGAUUUAAUUUUGCCUCACUAAUACACAAAUAGGCAAAUUACACCCCUGAGUCAAAUAUGGCCAUAUGUAUUUAUUUACUGUUGUCUAAAGUACUUUUUCUCUGCAGUUGCAGAGUUGAAUCUAUGGCUAUCAAAGCCUGGUCCUUUAUAGAACAAGUUUCCUGAGCCCUACUCUAAUGCAGUUGGUGGAGUUGCAGGGAGAGGGGGUUGCAUUCUCUUUUUGGUAACUUUUGGGAUGCAAAGAAGCCUUCAGAAGCACUAAGGUAGAAGGGUUAAUCUUUUUAAACUAAAUGUUAUAUAUUAUGAAAAUUAAUAUUUUGGAGCCAAAUUAACAAAUUCAUCAACAAAACAUGCUCUUAUGCUUUUUUUGGAAGGGGGAGGUACUAGGGAUUUUGUAUUAUGAAUGGAUGCAUUCUGAUAUAUAUGAAAAAAAUGGAUUUGUAACGAUUGGGUCAUUUUGACAAGUAUAAACCACAAUAAGAGUAUCUAACUUGACAUUUACAAUAUAUGGUGGGAAAGGGAGUAUUUAGAACAUUGUAGAAAUGAAAAGAAAAAAGCAAUCUAUCAGUUUAUAUGUGUUAUCAUAUACCAUUUUAUAUAAGGCUCUUUUAUUGGACUUAAAAAUAUUUACAAAGUUCAUCAAAGUAUACAGAUUAGCUGCAAUAAUGCCUAUCAGUAACCUUCAAAAGGCAGUUCUUGGUCAAGGAAUAAUAUAUUUUACUACCAACCUUUAAUGGUGCUUUAUUAUUAUUAUUAUUUUUGUCUGUCUUACCAGAAGUGUAUUAAUUGUUUCAAGUGGCAAUAAAUUCUCUACCUGGUUUUGUGAAA